AAAACCUAAUGCAAGAAUGAGAAAAACAAAUCAAAACACUUAAUAAUAUACUCUGAGGAGAAAAAAGCUCUACAACUGCAUGACUGUCCUUAACUAUCAGCUAAAUUCAGAAGAGGGAACCUGGACCCAACCCUUCCGUUGAGCAAAUCUCUGCCCUCCUCAGAGUAGAUUCCUAGGAGGUCAAACACUAAACUCCUAGCAGAAAUUGAUGUGGAAUGUGGGAUGGAAUAAUGAGAGACUAAAAGUCUCUUAUUUCUAAUCUUAGAAUUGUGGUGUUGUGGAAGAGUUUGGCGGUGGGGGGAGGGCCGGGGGACGGGGGGACUGGAGGGAGGAGCUACUUCCUACCAAGAAGAAUAGAUAGUAAAGGACAAAAAUAGAGACAAAGCUCCAACUAAAUGAUGGUGCACAUCCUCUAUAUAUUUCCUCUAUGUUAAUUGAACAAAAUUACAUUUUUGUAUGCUGAAUACUGACCAAUAUACCAUAUUCUUAAUCCUUCAUAGGAACUAUAGUAACAAGUUUAUUGCAAGCCUUAAGUCUUACUGACCCUAAACAAUUAUGUCCCUUUAAGGCAGAGGUUCUCAACCUGCGGCUCGCCACCGCAUUGAGGACUGCAUCUCGGAUAUUUUCAUUAUGAUUCAUAACAGUAGCAGCAUUGUCGUUAUAAAGUAGCAGUGACAGAAUUUUAUGGUUGGAGUCACCAUAACAUGAGGCAAGGUAUUAAAGGGUCACAGCAUUAGGAAACAUGAGAACUGUUGUUAUAUGGGCUAACUCUGAAGGAGAUUUAUUUUGCUUUUGCAAAUAUGUCUUAUUCCUAAUAGUGUCCUAAGUGGUCUAUGGAAUCACACUACUACUCACCCUGUUCUGUAAAGUAGCCUAAUUCUACAAGAAUACUGCUCUAUGACUAAAGCAUCAAGGCCAGGGUUAAUCUCUCAUAAUCAAACGUUCAGAGUAACCAAUCACCUGACUGAUGGCUCUAGCCUCUGGGACAGCUCCUCCAUCUUUUCCCUCUGCCUCUGUCCUGCUGGGACUAUGCAGGAGACUCCAUCAGUAUAAUUGUUUUGCUUCUUAAAUAGACCACCUCCAAGUAAAAGUCUUUAUGACUUCUAUCCAGUCUUAUGCUUAUAUUUGUUGUUGUUGUUGUUGUUGUUCAGAUAUAAAUAAUCCCUCUCCCAUGACUCAGAGUUCGGUUGAAACCCUGGAAGCUGGCUGGUCCUCAGAAUUCUAGCUAUCUAACCAUCUUGGAACUUAGGAGAACUCACUGUUGUCUGUGUAACACCCCCUACCCCCCCUUGCCCCCUGCUCCAGCUCCAAACUGUUUUAUUUGCCUUCUCAUGAUCCUACCCUAUCCUAAGAGCAUGCAAAGGUCUGGCUCAGAUGAAUUUGUCUAUUAGAAACAAUUUUGAAUUACAACUCAUGCUCCUCUCUCAAGUCGAAGCUCCCAGAUCAAAUGACACAUUGAUGAGUCUCUCGCAAAUUUCAAAACAUACAAAAUGGUUUAAUGCCAAUUUCAUAAUAAUAGAUAAUAAAUUAUCUUGACUUUUUCAGUUUAAUGGUACCCCCCAAAAAACAAAAACAAAAACAAACAAACAAACAAACAAACAAAAAAACAGAAACUGGCAUGUCUUUCAAGGUCUUUCAAGAUGACCUCUGCAUGACAUAAUACUUCAUAAGCUGAUCAAUAACAUGAAGAUUAUGUAAAAACUAAUGAACUUAGUUGUUCAUAUGCACCAUCCAGUACUUUUACUGUGAAUAGAAAUGACUCAAGAUAUUAGUUCAACUGUAUCUUUUUAACCAAAGCUCAAAUUUAUUUGGUAUCAGGUUAAAAGAGAAAAUAGAGUCCUCCAGGGCAUUCUGGUGUAGGCACACAUAUGGUAUUUUGAUGAACACUGUCAUUGAUUUAGUUGACACUGUAAAUAACAAAGUAAAACACACAUAGAUGGGGCUGGAGAGAUGACUCAGUGGUUAAGAGCACUGACUGCACUUCCGAAGGUCCUGAGUUCAAAUCCCAGCAACCACAUGGUGGCUCAAAACAAUCUGUAAUGAGAUCUGACUCUUUCUUCUGGAGUGUCUGAAGACAGUCACAGUGUACAUACAUAUAAUAAAUAAAUAAAUCUUAAAAGAAAAAAAUUUUAAAACACAGAGAUUUAUUUAAAAAUGGAUAAAGACAACUGUAAGCCAAAAUAUGUAAAGACAUGGGUAUUUUGUACAACACACCCUUUCAAGAACAAAUUAUGAAAGCAUGAAAUUUGAGGAAGGGAGUUCUGGAAGGAGUUGGAAAGGCAGAGUGGAGGAUGGAUAUAAGCAAACUGUGAUGUAUACAUAAAUAAAAUUCUCAAAGGAAAAACAAUACUGUGUUUUAAAUGUUUUAUAGCUAUGCAGGAAGACAAAUAUGAUCAGUGCCUUGCUCAGCGAUCAUCAGAGGAGCUUCCUUCUGCCACAGACUAGAGCAAGUACAGACACUAAUAGCCAGAUUCUAUGCAAAGAGAAAGAGACCUUGAAACUUGCAGCCAUUAAAUGGGAUAUCUCCAUCAAAACCCUCAUCUCAGGUCUCAGGGCAUCCUACAGAAGAGGCUGAAAGAGGGUAAGAACCAGACCCGAUGGAGAACUCCAAGGAACAAAACCCUCUAAAUCAACAUGAGCAAAACAUACAAACUCACAGAGGUUGAAACUGUAUCCAGAGAGCCUGCACUAGAGGAGGUUUAAGAUAUGAAAGGAGAAAUGUACACAUGACCCUACCCCAAACCCAGAAUGAACAAAGGAUUCUUAAGGGUGGGCUGCAGGCCCAGCAGUACAUGGCUAACAGACCACAAACUUGCUUUGUAGUUUCCUUGUCACAUAAUGUCACUUAUUCAUUUUAAACUGUUUCUUGUGCCUUCUCUUGGGCUCCUUCCCUUCCAUUUAUUUGUUUAUUUGUUUGCUUCGUUUUCCAAUUCCAAUGUAUCAGUUCUUGUUUUACCUUAUUAUAUUCCAUUUUAUUAUUAUUCCCAUAGAAGCCUGUUUGCUUUUUUUUUUUUUUUUUUUUUUUUUUUUUUUUUUUUUUGGUUUUUGAGACAGGGUUUCUCUGUAUAGCCCUGGGUGUCCUGGAACUCACUUUGUAGACCAGGCUGGCCUCGAACUCAGAAAUCCGCCUGCCUCUGCCUCCCAAGUGCUGGGAUUAAAGGCGUGCGCCAGCACGCCCGGUGCCUGUUUGCUUUCUAAUAACAGACAGAAAGUGGAAGUUCGAGGAGCUGGAAGGAGUAGCCGGAGGGGAAACUGGAGUCAGGAUAAAUUAUGUGAGGGAAAAAAACAAAACAAAACUAUUUUCAAUAAAAAGCAAAACUGUUUGAUAACCACAGUCUGUAUGAGGUAUGUCUUCCUUCCGAUUUAUUCUUUGUCGUAAGUCAAUGUCUUUUGUAAAAUUUAGUUCUUCAUCUCCGAAUAAGCAGAGUCUGCUUUACCCAAACUGAGACUAAAAAUUAUUAGAUAUGGCAAUCAGGUGUUCUUUCCGAGAUCAUCAGUUGUCAUUAGUUUGAUAACAAGUUUUGAAUGUCUCUUCUUAUGGCCACAUGAUACCAUUGCCUUAGUUUUCGACCCUGAGCUGUUUACUUUAACAUCCUUCAGAAAGUAUUUUAGGACUUUUCAUUAAAUCAUACAGUCAUGAAGAAAAGAAUAGAAAGGGGAACUUAGUAAAUUCAGUUCCAAUUAUCUGGGUGGCCAUGGCUACCACAAAGAAGAUUGGAUGCUGAGCUUUAUACCAUAUUGGCUUUCCUAUAUUGUGAAUUUUAAAUUGCUACAUGGGUUUUAUUAUUUAACAAAAUUUUGUGAGAGCUAAUUCUAUGUAUAAUUGACAUCCUGUGUGAAUUUUGUGAAAUACUUUCUUAGGAUUUAAGUUGUUCCUGGGAAACUAACUGGUUUCCCUCCAGUUCUCCAAUAUUUGCUAAUUGAGGUGCCUUGAAAGGCCACUAGGGAGAGACAUGGAGUCUUCACAGCAGUGUUUGGGUCACUGGGUGCAAGUUCCACAGCAAGGAUACAGUUUCCCUGAAGGCAUCAGUAAAACAAGCUGUCAAAAGUUCUGCUUGCCCACUAGGGAAAGGCUCAGUAAGCAGAAGUAUACUGCUCAUGAAAUUCAAACAUACAAAAUAAUGUUUCCUCUGAUAAGUUAAAAAAAGUCAUAUUACAUACCAAAUAUCAGUUCUUAUUCAACAUACAAUAUUUUAAAAAAUGAUUAAAUAAGAAAAGAAACUUUUGCAAACAAAAUUUUCAGAGAAAAUAAGAUGUUUAAUGACUACCAAUGAGAAGAUCCUUUGAAGGUGACCUCUUGGAACACACAACUGAGCUCAUACAAACAUCCAUGCUCUGAUACAGUCAUUUGGGAUUGACCCAGACGUGACAGACUCCUUGAAUAAACUAUUGGCUUAUCUGAAAAGGCUUCUCAUUUAACUCAAGGCGUCACGCUUUCGUACUGUAAAUCAAAGCCUAGCUAUCAUAGGCGAUGGUGAUGUUGUCUGACUAAGUCACAAGUAUAUCAGUUUGAAUUUGCAGAGGCAGAAAGUGAAUAGGUCUGGCAAACUUCAAAGGCUCGAAUUACAGGAAGUAUGAUUCUGUCCCGAGCUUUAUUUCUGUGGCACUUAGAGACGAGGAUAUUCUCGUCAUUGUACGUAUAGUGAUAAGCGUGUGCUGAACAUUGCAGUUCUCAUAAUGGACUGAAAAAUCUGGUAUUUGUAUUUUUACCAAAUGUAGACACAAUGGUAACUUGAUAUCUUAUAACCUAGUCUUGUCCGUAUUAAAGUUUUUCUCAGACAAACCUUUCCAGGGAAGGUGGUUUGACCUCUGCACAUUCUGUGUAUGUUCACCAAUAAAGUCAACUGAAAGUUGAGAGUAACACACCCCCUUCUAUUUUUUUCCCCCCACUUGCAGUCAGCUACUAUAAACCACUUCAGUCUGCUUCCAGCCAGGGGGCUUCGCAGUGCCUUAAACACAAAACUUUUGCAGGAGUUCAAGAUCCCAACUAUUACGCCAAGUAUAAACUUGAAGAUGUUAUAAACAUAUUCUUUAGAAGGUUCAAGUGAGAAGUACACAAGAUAAGAUAACUGAGUCAGACAAUCGGAAUGUCUUCAAAAGUCCCUUAACGUGUUCAGGAAAGAUGCUAUUUCUCUUUAAAACAAAAUAAAACAAACUAAUUGAUACUUUGAUUUUUUUUUAAUCUUAUAGCCACUGUUUAGGAAAAGAAUUGAUAAAGUUUAGAAGAUUCCAAUUUCUGUUACAUCUUGGAUUUGACCAAGUUCAAGUUAAUUCUGAAAUCCAAAACCUUUAAGCCCAGUUUCUAAAUUUACUCACACUUUUUCCAAACUAGCUCACAGAGCCUGGGGCCCCUGCUAUGCAAACUCCAGGAGCAUAAAACUCCGUUGUCUGGUCACACACCCCAGAAGCUCUUUGGAGUCCAAAACCAGCCAGGAAAAGAAAAGAGCAUUUCCUACAGCAAUGAAAUUCUCUCUGGAGCCAUGCCACUGGGGCAGGGUGCAAACUCCUCUGUUGGCAGGAGACCACUAUGAAGGAGAAGGAAUCUGUGUGACUGAACACCUCUUGGGCCCUUCCCUCCUCUAAGUUGCUUUCCUUUCUAGUAACAGCUUUCCACUGGGGGAGAGAAAAAAAGAAGAGAAACUUUGCUCCAAGCAAGCGUGCACCAAUCUCUAACUUUGGAUCCAAAGGUUAAAUAAAUAAUUAUGCACACACACUCCACGGCAGGUUCUCUGUACACCCAGUAAAGCCAAGCCCACACACAGUCCAGGACUUGGGAGCCUCGGAUCCUCAGCCCGACCCGACGGGGUCCCUUGCACCUACCUUGACCUCGCCCCCGUCGGGCUCCGCUUCCGAGAAGCCCAGUCCCGACUCGAAGGCGGCGACGGUGGCGGGCGCCUCGCGCGGACUGGGGAUCAGCGCAGCGGCGAGCAGGGAACACGCCAGAGACAAGAAGCACAGCAAGUGCAUGGUGGAUGGACCGGGAGCAGGGAGGCCGGUCCGUUGGCUGGCGCAGGCUGGGGCGUGAGGCUGAGGUCCUCUCCUGGUCCCUGUCCCGUGGUUUCCUCCCGGGGACCCCCCUGGGCGAGCGUCUCCCGGGACUCGGCGGCUCGCAACUUUUGCCCUCGGCUCUGGCAGCCCUCACGGGGGAGAGGCUCCCGGGUGUCAGGUACGAGCCUCACAGGAAACCGGACAUCCGAACUGCCCUCGGUGGCGGCCCGCGAGGUGAAGCGAGGGCGCCGGCUCCGCCGAUCGCGGUUUUGUUUUUGGUGUUUUGCAAAGAAGAGGGGGUGGGGUGGUUAAGCCCAGUCACCCCGCGAUGUUCCACUCGUCCCGAAGAGCCCUCGGGUCCCUCGUCCCCCCUCCUCCCUCCCCUCGCCCGAAGUGAAAGGAGCCGGGCCGCGGGAGCCGCGGGAGAAGGCGGUGGUGGCGGCGGAGCCGGGGGGCGGGAGGAGGGCGGCGGGGCGCCCGGCGGCGGCGAGGCCCGCGAGCUCCCGGGCGCUCGAGCCUCCUGCGCGCGCGGGGCCGAGCGGUGGCGGUGGCGGCGGCGGCAGCGGGCGCAGGGGCAGGGCAUGACUGAUGCGCCCUCUGCCUGCGCUUAUGUGAGAGAAAGCGGCAAGAGGGAGGGAGCGUGCCGAGCCCAGUCAGCCCUCCCCUCUCUUUCCCUAGGAAGCUUGCUCCCUCCAGCCCCACGCUUUCCUCCAGCCCCACCUCCAUCCACUCUCCUCGCUUUCCCUUUCUCUGCCCUUCUCUCUGGGCUCUGCUGGGGUGUCGGGGUGGGGAGGCAGGGGCUCAAGUCAGGUCUGGGGGCUUGACUCUCUCUGCAGGACCAGUUUUAGGGGCCACAUGACUGAGCUCAGCUGCUAGAAAGAUGGGGAGGGGGGAGCAGGUACAGUGGGUAGGAGACGCACGCUUUGGCCCUGGCAACCCCUUGUGGUAAAAUCCUUCUCCAGACAUUCUUUAUCCUGAGAAGUUUGGGACCAGCCUGAGACUUCUAAAACACUUCAGAGAAAAAGAUCAACAUUAUAGCAGAGACCUAUGGGGCCAUAGUGCCCUUCCCAGCACCACCACCUCCACUGUUUUCUGGUUUACUUGAAGCAAGAAUGCAAAGAGGGACAUCUCAGAAUACAGGGCAAGUCAUUCAUGCUAAGAUCUUAGUGAUCUUCCGGAAGACCUAAAGUUCCAUCUGAAGGACAGAUGGUCCAGAAUCUUAAAGAACAUUGAUAGAGACACACCCAAACUGUAUCUGCAAGACACACCUUCCAUUUGCAAGAGAAAGAGAAUGAAAUGGGACAAUUUAUAUGCUGAAAGAGCAAACAGCAGUGAUGCAUUUAUUCUCUGGAAAAGCACCUAGGAACUCUGCUGUCUUCCUGGUGAUGGCAUCUGCUUUCCUGGGCAGGUGGGCAGAUGGCAGAAGUUCCACUUAAGCUGCAUCAACAGCAUAGAGACAUGAAAGGUCUUGCCUAUUCAAAAACUAUACUAAGUGCACUAAUGUUAAAAAGCCACAAAAUUGUCGUUGGAGGAAAGACGUUUCCUUGUAAUUCAAAUAAUAUGAUCUGGAGGUCUCCUUGCCCAACAUUUCCGUGAGUGCUUAAAUACCUCUACAAACAGUGAAUGCCCCUUGCCCUGACUGUGCUUCCCUUUAUUGAAGACUGACAUCAUUGAAUCUUCCAACUACCCAUUGCUUUUGACUUUGGUAUUUUGCGUACUUCGUCUAAUGUAAAUUCCACAUGUUAGCCCCUCAGAUAUUUGGAAAUAUCUGUCACGUUCUCCCAGGGCUACUUUUCCUACCAGUGAAAGAUUCCUUUUUAGUUUAACCCGACAGUUCCAAUUAUCCUCAUCCAUCAUGCUAAGUUUAUCUUCAUAAAGUACGCCGUUCAGAACAUGGCUCCAUACUUAAAAUACCCCAACGAAGCAUGCAGAAAAGGAGGGGUCUUCCUUGUCUAGAAAGCAAGCAUUUGUUGACAUAGCAUUGGACCAAGUUUAUUUUCUGGCAGCCAAGUCAUGCUGUUGAUGCAAAGAACUCUUAAAGUUGACCAGAUUUCUCAAGAAAUCUGCGUGUGUACUAAUAUUUAGUUAUGUCUGCACUACUCUGCAUUUGUGGCAGGAGUUGUCUUCUGGGCUCUAACUUGUGUCUCAUGGUUUAUCAUGAGGAAGUCUUACCUUGCCACAGACGGCCCCUCACAAGUUGCUAAGGCAAUUUGGGAACUUGACAUUUUCUGUAUGUUCCCUUCUUUCUGUGUUCCUGUUGAACUGGCUGGAUUUUGACUCAAGUAGAAAUGGAGUGUCCUUGGAAUCUUGUCUCAGUACAGUGGUUCUUAACUUUUAUUGCACUUGGAGUCACAAAGGGCGGUUGUAAAACCAGAUGGUUAGGCAUGCCACCAGGAUUUAGGGAAUUCUGGGAAAAGGCUUGGAUGUCAGAAUGCCUCAGAUAGACAGCCUACACUGAGAACUGUCACACUUUUCCAUCAAUCUCAGGAUUUAGCAUGGUAUGAAUAC